UUUUGUUUUACCAAUGGCGAGUGGGCAACGCCCCACAGUCUCCUCCACCUUCUCCUUCCUCGCGCCACCAGCACGCCUCAACUCCAAAUUUCCACAUAAACCACUCCUGUGUUCUUCUGUUUCCACUUCUUUCCGAUCAAAACCAACUAAGAGAAAAAACUAUCUGCGUCCCAAAAUCCUCAAACCCUUGAUUAAACCCCUCCCUACCCCGCUUACACCUAUCCUUACCGAAGAGCCUUCACCAAACCCUGUGGUUCCAUUCAUUUCCCCUGAAACCCCAGCUCAGAACGACGUAACUGUUGGCUCCCCAUCUGAUGAACUCAUCUCAGUCGAUGAAUUUCAUGUAUCUGCUAGCUCGGGCGGUGGCGGAGAGUACAGUGGCAUGGUUGGGAAAGUGUCUGCAAAUUCUAUACUGAAAUAUGGUUUGUAUUUAGUUGGGCUUUUCGCUUUUCAAACUAUUUGUGCUGUCUGGGUUCUGGGAAGUACAAAUUCAAAUGCGAAAGGCAGCAAUUUGAGUGGCUUGGAUAUGGGUGUUAGUGAGAAAAGAAAAGGGAAGUUUUUGCUGAGUAAAAAUGAGGGGUUUUUAAAUGAAAAGGUUGACUCUAAGCUAAGGAAUGCAAUUGGUUUGGAUGAGCACGACUUGGAAGAGAAAAUUAAAGAAAUUAGGACAAUGGCAAGAGAGGCAAGAAAGAUUGAGGAAAAGGAAUUAAGGGAUGGCAAUAGGGAAGAUGAUACUGUUGAUGAAAUUCUGGAUUCCAAGGAUAGAAUUGGCAUCGAAAAGGAGAUUGGUGCUAGAUUGGUUAACCUGGAGAAGAGGCUGCAUUCUAAGAGAGGGAAAUUGCAAGGAUUAGAUACGAAGUAUUUGGACAAGGGUGGAGGUGAAGAUGGAGAUAGAAUGGAUAAUUUGAAUGGAAAAGAGGAUGAUAAAACUUUAAUUUUUAAGAAAAAGUUUAAGUUUAAGAGCCCUGCCAUGAACUCAAGAAGUGCUGUGAAGGGUUUUCCUGGUAGGGAAGGUAAGAAUAAGCAGACCGAUCUAGCUGGUAUUGAUCAAGUACAGAGAAGGGAAAAUGUUAGUCAGGAUGGUGAUUUACUGGAAGGUGUUUCACGGAACAUGGAAAUGGAUAGUGCAAAGAAAGGACCAGGCAGAGAUCUAAAGGUCUCAUCAACAGAUGGGAGGAAGCUUGGGAAGAAGUCAAGAAAAAUAGAAGCUGCGGAUCCUGACAUGAGGCUUGGUACUGUUCAGGAGAGUAGUCGAGGAAUGUCUUCAGAGGAAGCUCCCAAGUCAAGAAUAAUAAAUGGCAAGUCAAAGGACAGAGAAGUUAGUAACCAAUCACCAGCCGACAAAGUAGGAAAUAAGAAGUCAGAUGCAGAAACUAAUUUGUGGUGGCUGAAUCUACCGUAUGUUCUUGCAAUUCUUAUGCGUAGAGGUCUUGAGCAUGAAGAACCAGGAGGACUUUUUACAUUAAGAGUUCAUUCUCAUGCACAAGAUCAGAAUGAAAGUUCUUAUACAAUUACUUUUGAGGACCGCAUUGAUGCAAAUAACUUUUGCUAUCUACUUGAAUCUUUUUUUGAAGAUCUAGCUGAUUUCUCAGCAGAUAUUGUUCCUUUAUCAACAAAGGAUCUUCAUCAAGCAGUGAAAUCAGAUAGCAAGAAAGUGAUUGUCAUUAGGAAAAGGCAACUUAAGCUUUAUGCUGGACAGCCUUUUGAGGAUGUUGAGAUGGCUUUGCACUCUUUGAUUGAAAAUGAAACAGCAUAUACCUGAGAUAUAUAUAAAAGUGACUAAGAGAGACUAACUGGGAAAGUACCAUGCUGGAGAUAACCUUUGCAGAUAAAUACUGGACCAGCUAAAGCACUACACAGGGUAACUUCUUGCCGCAAUGUGAAGCUAGAAGCUAUGGCAGAUUCCUUUGCCACAUUCAGUUUGAUUUUUACAAUUGUUGUGGAGAUGGAUCUGAAGUUGCAAAAGUAUUGCCUGUAACGAGCAGUUGCUCUUCUUGCUGCAAUGUGAAGCUAGAAGCUAUGGCAGAUUCCUUUUGCCACAUUCAGUAUGGCCUGUAACAAGCUGCGGAAAGUAUUGGUUGGUGCCUUUUUAGGAAUUUUGGACACUGUUUACUGCUGAAAUAUCUUUCGGCUAUUGACAUUAAAUAGAAGGCUUCGUUCUUUUGGUCAUGCUACAGUCUCGAAAUAUUUGUUAAGGAGAAUGAUACCGUAGUCUCGAGUUUACAAUAUCAAUUUUGAAAUUUAAUUUA